AGACAAAGCAGAAGCCCGCGUUGUGGACAGAAAAAGAGACGAUAUCUCUCUCGAGGUGCGUAAUCGAUAUAAGCUUCCUCCUAUCAUACCACGCCUGCAUCUUUCUUCAACCCAGCAAUAAGGUUUCCCUUCACCCAUCUAAAUCUCACCCAAUCAUCUCAUACCCCUCCCAACUGGAGCUUUGAUUGAGUGGACGUUCCCAGACGGCCAUUUUGAACUCCACCCAUUCGCUCCCACUCGUCCCUUUUUUUAUCACACGCGCCGCUGCCCACCCAAUCAAUCCGCCCAAUAAGAACAGUGUUCUGGGGCCAAAGAGGUUCUUGGACUGUGACAUCAGGGUAGCUUUAAGUAAACAAACGCCCAGGGAAAGCAUCACAUUGUUCGUGACAGAAAACUCACAGCCUACAUCUCGUGCGCGCAAAUGCUAAAGCUGUGGCCGGUAACAGAACGACGAUAAUUACCCCGCGUAUAAGUCAAGACUGCGCCAUCGCGCCGACGCGACAACCUCAUCUGUCCCAGCUGUGUAAGAGCUUGCAUCCGGACUAAGCUACGAAGCAAGCAAACAGCGACGCAGUGCACCGUUGAAAGAACAAACCAAAACAACGACUCAAACAAGCCAUCAUGGAUCCCCAAAAUCCCUCCUCAGCCCCUCACGGCAGCCAUCAACAUCCCCAGCCCCCACAGCAACAACCACAAUAUGAUCUCAGCAAGGGCGGCCACUAUGGUGCCAGUGUGCAUCUUUCACAGCAAGGCUUUGCUCCAUCAGAGCUCUACACCGGGACAUGGGCGAAUGUCCACCAAGGCCUCACGGGGUCUUACAAAGACAUCCUGACGGCUUACUGGCAGCAAACCAUCAACCACCUCGAGACGGACCAGCAUGACUAUAAACAACACCAAUUACCCCUUGCCCGCAUCAAGAAGGUGAUGAAGGCCGAUCCCGAAGUUAAGAUGAUCUCAGCCGAAGCCCCCAUUCUCUUCGCCAAGGGCUGCGACAUCUUCAUCACUGAGCUCACCAUGCGUGCCUGGAUUCAUGCUGAGGAGAACAAGCGCCGCACCCUCCAACGCUCCGAUAUUGCCUCCGCCCUUGCCAAGUCCGACAUGUUUGACUUCCUCAUCGACAUCGUUCCCCGCGAGGAAGCCUCCUCCCACGCUAAGCGGACUUCCAACCAGGCUGCUGCUGCUGCCGCCGCUGCCAACCAACAACCCCCCCAGGUGCCUGGUGUUGGUCCCGGUCCCGGCGGUCAGCAUACCAUGAACCCCGCCGACUAUGGCGUUCAUCAGAUUGCCCAAGAGGGCGACUACCGCAAUCCCCAGACCAUGUACCCAGGCGGUGUUAUGCCUGGCGCGCCAUCAUAUGGUCAACCGCAGGCCCAAAUGUACAACGCCGAUGAGAUGUACUACGGUACUAUUCAACAGCAACAGAGCGCUUAGAAGUCGCCUGAGCUGAAGAGGGAAGAGCAAGAAGAAGGUGUGGCGGUAGGAGGAAGCCAGCAGCAGGACCUCGGAGAGAAUGCCAAGUACGCUCAGCUUCUUGCCGAUCAGGUCCAUCAUACCAUGUCGACAACGGGAGGGCAGCAGUGGGCGGUCGGGUCGGGACCGAGCAGCAACAGCCAUCAAAGUCAAUACUCUCAUUCUCCUCAUCAGGGACACUACUCUGGGGCUCAACAAUACCAUCAAAGUGGCUUGGGUGGUGCUGGGAUGGCACAGGAGUAUCACAACAUGUAUCCCUAUGCUCUGUAACAUCCGCAGUACCAUUUGCAACAGCAACAGCAGCAACCACAGGCGCAAUCUCCCGUCAUUAAGAACGAGCCGUUGAGCAGCAGCCAGAAUAUGAUGGGUAAUAUGGGAGGCCAGUUUGGGAAGUUGGGACAGUAAACGGAAUACAUGAUCAUGUUCACGAAGGGGAGACGUCUUCCCUCUAGGUUUGAACCAGUUGAGAUGUUGGUUAACGGGGGGAGGAAUCUGGUUUGAAUCAUGUCACACACGCACACAAAAAAUGAGCUUGUUAUAGUUAUGGUGGGGUUUAGUUUUCUUUUUUCUUUUUCCUUUUUUUUUUUUUUU